AUGGCGGUGCACGUAGUGUCAAAGCUAGAUAUCAGCCAACAUGCAACCUUCCCGCUCCCGACUGCCGGUUCCCAAGAACUCGCACCGUCCAGCGUGCGUGUCAAGACACAAUUAAUUACUCUGUCGUCGAAUAAUUUAACCUACGCAAAAAUGGGCAGUGCGCUACGAUGGUGGGAUACAUAUCCCGUCUCACCAUCUUAUCCGGCCCCCUACAACGACGAAUCCAAAUGGGGGAUCGUUCCAGCCUGGGGUUUUGCCUCGAUUGAAGAGAGCAAUAUUCCCGAAUUGACUCCAGGAACACUACUCCAUGGGUAUUGGCCCACAUCUGCCGCGCUGACAGACUUGAAACUGCAAGCAACUGAACCAAGCGGGCAUUGGCUCGAGAUCAGCGAUCAUCGCCAACAACUCAUGCCUCUAUACAAUCGCUAUAAUGUGCAGCCAACAUCACUGUCCGCUGGCGCGAUCGCAAAUCCCACGGUUGCGCAGUCUACUGAGCUGGAUAAACUCGGUUGGUCGGCUGUUCUCCAGGCAAUCUGGCAAGCUGGUUAUUACCUGAGCGAGUAUGUAUUCUCACCACGAGAAGGUAUCCAACCUAUUCACCCCCUCGGCAAUGCGGCGGGGUUGACUUGGACGGAUGAUGACGCGGACGUUUCUAAAUCUGUGGUGGUGAGCCUGGCUCCGUCAGGAAAGACUGGACGUUCAUUUGCCUACUUCUUUGAACGGAAAUCGAAGGAAUUUGCGCCAUUGGGUCUUUUGCAGGUCACAUCGGCAGUGGAGGGCCUUUCCCGGGCCACAGAAUCCGCUGCGCCACCGUUUCCCUCCAACGCUAUUGCGUAUAGCGAUGUUUCGGACCCUGCGUCAAUCGAGUGGAUCCGAAACCUCAGUCCCUCGAAGAUUAUCGUACUCGACUUUGGUGCAAGAGAGGGAGCCUUGGACGGAUUACUUGCUGGUAUCAAGCAGGACGUACUGCUGGCGGGUAGCAAGAUUGUUCUCCUUCAAAUAGGUGGUCCGCAGAAGAAAAUGACAGCGGAAGAGAUGGCCGCAUUGAUGGCGAAAAGAGCCCAGGAGGAUAUUGGAAGAGUUCAGUACAAUACUUCGGGUGUUAUUGAUAGUGCCCUUGCCGCUCGCGGUGCGGAGGUUUUGUAUGGCGAGUUGGCCCAGGAGUGGGAAAAAUUGCUGAGUGAGCGUCAUCUGGCUUUCCCUGAUUUGGAGAUUAUCUGGAAAGAUGGAGUCAGUGGUGCCGAUGGUAUUGAAGGAGGAUGGGAUCUGCUUGACAAUGGGAAAGUCGGGGCGAGUGAGGCUCUUGUGUACCGAGUGCAGGGUGCUCAAACUUGA